UGUCUGUCGUCUGGGAAGGCGGGAGCGUCGCGGAGCGGAAGUGCCGCCGUUCGUCAGCGCGAGAAGGGAAUCACAUCAUAGGCGAAACGGAUUUAUUUUUCGGCUCCCGCAAAGUUUUCGGGCGCCGUAAUAAAACCCCGAGGUCUCAUUCCACCUUUGUGUUCACCUACAUGACCGAUUCAGGACCUGACAGCGGAUAAGGAGCGUCUGCGAGCCUCCGUGUUUUUGGUGUGGAGCGCAGAGAGCGCGUUGUUUUGGUGGAGAAAGGGGGCACUAUUGUUCUGGCUGCUUUCACUCCCAUUCCUGCCUGCAUGGCUGCCAAUAUCGAGCCAAUUUAUGGACUUUCAGAAGACGAGAAUGAGUCGCGCGUCCUUCGUGUCAAGGUUAUUGCAGGCAUUGAUCUGGCAAAGAAGGACAUUAUUGGUGCCAGUGAUCCUUACGUGAAGCUCUCUCUGUAUGUGGCUGAUGAAAACCGCGAGCUCGCCUUAGUCCAGACCAAAACCAUCAAAAAGACUCUGAACCCGAAAUGGAACGAGGAGUUUUAUUUCAGAGUGUGUCCUCAGAACCACAGGCUCCUCUUCGAGGUGUUUGAUGAGAACAGACUGGCUCACACUGGUUCUGAUCGACACAAGAACGGACUUUUCCACUCCGGCCAGACACGAGAUGAUUUCCUGGGACAGGUGGAUGUGCCACUGAAUUGCUUGCCGACAGAAGAUCCAGCGAUGGAGCGGCCCUACACGUUUAAAGACUUCCUCCUCAGGCCAAGAAGUCAUAAGUCGAGGGUGAAAGGUUAUCUGAGGCUGAAGAUGGCGUACCUGCCGAAGAACGGUGCUCAGGAGGAGGAGAGCGGUGAGAUGAGGGAGGAGGCUGAGGGCUGGGAGGUGGACUCAGUGGAGCACAGUGGUUCUCGUCGUUCUCAGCAGGUUCUUCCUCCGUUGCCGGCAGGUUGGGAGGAGAAAGUCGAUAAUCUCGGCCGGACGUAUUUUGUUAAUCACAACAACCGAACCACACAAUGGAAAAGACCCAGUACGGUUGACGUGGUGUCAGAGACGGAAAACGAUAAUCAACUUCGUCAGAUCAACCAGGAAGCUCACCGCGUGUUUCGCUCCAGACGCCACAUCAGCGAGGACCUGGAGAACGAACAUCUCGACCUCCGAGAGCUCGACGAUUCCUGGGACCCAAUCACUGAAGAGGAUUUCUCGGGGAUGAGUGAGGCUGUGGCUGGCCCCGCCUCCACUGCCACACCCAUUCAUCAGUUCAGCACUCCAGAGUUCUCAGAGGAGAUCAGCAUGAGGCUCUCACUCACUCCUAACGCCAACGGAGAAAUAGGCGGAGCUAACAAUACCGGGUCUCUUCUGUCCUCCAGGCUGCGUUCCUCCAGUAUGACUGAUGGAGUGAGUGAUCAGGCUCAGACUCCCUCUCCUAUGCAGACGUCGCAGUCCAGACGAACCCGAGCCCAAACAGUCACAGGCCUAGAGCAGCCCCAAUCACCUUCACUCUCCGCUGCUUAUACUCACUAUGACUCUUCCUUGCCCUCAGGUUGGGAAGAAAGAAAAGACACUAAGGGCCGGACGUAUUACGUCAAUCAUAACAAUCGCAGCACGACGUGGACACGCCCUAUUCUCCAGCACACUGAAGAUGGAGUGAGUUCCCCUGCAGGAGCUGUAGGAGGCGCUGUAGCAACCACACCUUCAUCCAGCGGCCACCUCAGUGAACCCCAAAUGCGCCGACCUCGUAGCCUUAGUUCUCCGACCGUCACCCUGUCCACGCCUCCAGAGGGAGCCAAUAGCACGCCGCUUCCUCGGGUCCCGAAAGACACGCUCUCGAACCCGCAGUCACCCCAGCCCUCGCCCUACAGCUCGCCCAAAGCUCAACACAAGGUCACACAGAGCUUCCUGCCCCCAGGGUGGGAGAUGAGGAUCGCCCCGAACGGACGGCCGUUUUUCAUCGACCACAACAGCAGAACAACCACAUGGGAGGACCCAAGGUUAAAGUAUCCAGUUCACAUGCGGGUUAAAGGAGCGCUUGACCCCGGUGACCUCGGCCCACUUCCUCCGGGGUGGGAGGAGCGAGUCCAUGCAGAUGGUAGAACAUUUUACAUCGACCACAACACAAAGAACACGCAGUGGGAGGAUCCUCGACUACAGAGUCCCGCUAUCACAGGACCGGCUGUGCCGUACUCACGAGAGUUUAAACAGAAGUACGAUUACUUCAGAAAGAAGUUAAAGAAGCCGGCGGACAUUCCUAACCGUUUUGAGAUGAAGUUACACAGAGGCAGUAUAUUUGAGGAAUCCUACAGGAGGAUCAUGUCCCUGAAGAGGCCUGAUGUUUUGAAGUCUCGCCUCUGGAUCGAGUUUGAGUCUGAGAAAGGACUCGAUUACGGGGGCGUGGCCAGGGAGUGGUUCUUCCUUAUCUCCAAGGAGAUGUUCAACCCUUAUUAUGGGCUGUUUGAGUACUCAGCAACAGAUAAUUACACACUCCAGAUAAAUUCAAACUCAGGACUGUGUAACGAGGAUCAUCUCUCGUACUUCAAGUUCAUCGGGCGAGUAGCAGGCAUGGCGGUGUAUCACGGCAAGCUGCUGGACGGUUUCUUCAUCCGACCUUUUUAUAAGAUGAUGCUGGGAAAACCCAUCACGCUGAACGACAUGGAGUCAGUGGACAGUGAAUACUACAACUCCCUGAAGUGGAUUCUGGAGAACGACCCGACCGAGCUGGACCUGCGCUUCUGUAUCGACGAGGACAACUUCGGCCAGACAUACCAAGUGGAUCUGAAGCCGAGCGGAUCUGAUAUGGUCGUCACCAAUGACAACAAGAAGGAGUAUAUCGAUUUGGUGAUCCAGUGGCGGUUUGUAAACAGGGUGCAGAAACAGAUGAACGCCUUCAUGGAGGGAUUCACAGAACUGAUUCUCAUCGACUUGAUUAAGAUCUUUGAUGAGAACGAGUUGGAGUUGCUGAUGUGUGGUCUGGGUGACGUGGACGUUAACGACUGGAGACAGCACACGGUGUAUAAAAACGGAUACUGCCCCAAUCACCCCUUAAUACAGUGGUUCUGGAAGGCCGUGUUGUUGAUGGAUGCUGAAAAGAGGAUUCGGCUGCUACAGUUCGUCACAGGAACAUCCAGAGUUCCUAUGAAUGGUUUCGCUGAGCUCUAUGGUUCAAAUGGCCCGCAGUUGUUUACUAUCGAGCAGUGGGGGACUCCAGACAAACUCCCCCGUGCACACACAUGUUUCAAUCGUUUGGAUCUGCCAGCAUACGAGUCGUUUGAUGAUCUGAGGGAGAAGCUGCUAAUGGCUGUGGAGAACGCACAGGGCUUCGAGGGAGUCGACUAGAUACACACACACACACACACACACACACACACACACACACACACGCAAAUCUGAGGCCUGGUGCCUUUUAUCACCUUUACUUUUCUGUCUGUGUGUGUGUUGAAGAGACGAUUGAAUAUUUGCACAUUUGUGUGUGUGUGUGUGUGUGUGUGUGUGUGUGUGUGUGUGUGUGUGUGUGUGUGUUCGUGUUUCUACACAUUGAGACUGAACUAAAAGUUUAAGCUACACUACGGCACAGUCCUUUAACACUCUCUCUCUCUCUCUCUCUCUCUCUCUCUCUCUCUCUCACCUCUACUCACAAAGGAUUAUGGGUAGUGAAGGCGCCGCAAUUGUUGAAACCCAUAUCAGGUCUUAUAAACACCAGAUUACCUUAGACGAUGAAGACCGCUCCUCUUCCUCCUCUUCUUUCUUCUGCUCCUCUUCCUCCUCCUCACACCUCCUCCGCUCUUCGCUUCUUCCACGCUGGGGAUGUAUUUUUAUUAUUGUUAUUUUCUUCCAAAACACAGAAGGAACAGUCAUUAUAUAUAUUUUUUUUUUUUUAUGAUUUUUAUGAUGAUUUUGCUCCAGACGAUCUCGAGCAGCUCGAUGUUUCGUUCCUAUCAAGAACCCACACGUUUACACUUUUAGGUUUAAAGCUCCAGCCCUGAUCAGUGUGUUUCAGUGCUGAAGACGGUGCCAUGAACAUGCGCGUGUGUGUGUGUGUGUGUGUGUGUGUGUGUGUGUGUGUGUGUGUGUGUGUGUGUGUGUGUGUGUGUGUCGUGUUAUGGAUACAUGACGUAGUAAUUAACAAACAAAAAAAACAAACAAAAAAAAGGAGAAACAGUGUAUUAUUAAUAUUAUUGCAAUUAUUAAACUGUUUGUACUUUUUUUUGAGGAUUGAGGAAGAAAAAAACGUUUAACUGUUUCACUGUAUUAAAGCUUGUGUAAGUAUUAACAGCAUGAAUGAAGAUGUGAACGUUCUGACUGCUGCACAUUUUUACUACUUUAACUCUGAUAUGUAUCUCUCCGUCACGCUUUCCUUUUUAUUCCAACCCACAUCCCCCUCUCCACACCUCCCUCUUUUUAUUAUUUAUGUUCAUUCUAACAUCAUUAAAAGCUGUAAGGGCACUUUAUCUGUCGCUCGCGGGCCUCGUGGGGCGACGCUUUUUUCUCUUUUAUUAAUAUUAACUUGAAUGUGACUUUGCUAUAAAUAUCUACGAUCUCUUUUUUCUCUCUCUCUGCUUUUUUUCUGAUCUCGCUCCGAACUCUGAACACCCGAUCCGGCUCGGUUCUGCCCCUCAGAGUCGUAAAUGCCCCGGAUCAGGGUUGUGAAAAGGUUCAGGGUGUUGUUUGUUGUUGUUUUUCUGAAUCAGGAUCUCCUAAAGUGUCUCAGAUUCAGUUUCUCUGAGCCUUUUUCUGGUUCCUGUGCUCUUUUCUCUUCUCUGCCCUUCACAAUGUGAUUCUGCAGAGUUCUGAUCCACUCAGAUGUUCUUAUCUCUUUCUUUUCUCUCUCUUUCUCUUUGUCUCUCUCUCUCUUUUGUAGAGCCUGUUGUUUUUGUAUCGAUGGGGAAUGUUCACCCUUGCGAUUCGUAUAACUUGGUUCAAAUUAAACUGAGGAAUGAAAA